AUGAUUCGUCUGCUGCUUGUCCUCACGCCUGUAACGCCCCCUUGCCAGGAGAAAGCGGGCGCAACCGCUGUUGCUGUGGACGUCUCCGCUCCCGCGAAAGCGGCAACUACUGAUGCGGCGGCACCAGCAGCAGACGCCGAAGAAACCAAGGCAGAGACAGACCCGACGGCAACGGCAGAAGUAGUUCCCGAAACGGCACCAGCCGCCACGACUGCCGUCAAAAUUGCCGUCAAAACUGCCGCUGCCGCUGCCCCGGCCGCUGCUUCGACUUCUGCCGCGGCCGAUGCCGCUACCCCUUCCGGUGGCGAGGUUGCGCCGCCUGCAGAUGCUGACCUAGCCGUCACCUCGGGUGCCGUCGGCGAGGCGGUUGCGGACAAGGCGCCGGCGGAUGCGGACAAGGCGCCGGCGGAUGCGGCCAAGGCGCCGGUGGACCAGGCGGUGGACGUGGCGGCCGCUGAUGGCGCUGUGGAGGAUGCGACGGCCACCGUGCCCAAGGCUGAGGCUACUCCCGUUGAAGCUUCCGCCGCCGCCGCGGCCCCUGCCGCGGAUGCUGCCGCUACUUCUGCUGUCCCUGCUGAAGUAGGGAAGGCUGCCGCUGAUGCCGCUGAUGCCACCGUGCCGGAGAUGGCAGCCAGCGCCACCAGCGAGGUUGACGUAGCCUCGCCCGCCGUCGACGCGGCCGUACCCGCUCCAUCCGCGGAACCCCCGUCCGUCGACGAGACACCCUCCGCCGCUGCCGUGCCGGUGGUAGCGGAAAAUCCUGCCGUCGUCGAGACACCCUCCGUGGAAACCCCGGCUGCCGCUUCCAGCGGUGCAGUAGAGGUCCCAACCGCCGCCGCAGCCGUAUCUUCUCUCGCUACGGCGGCUGUCGAGAAGGGUGCGCCAGAGACGGAGGCCGGCGAGCUGCCGUCUGUUUCAGACGUGGUGGCCAAGAUGGAAUCGACGAAUGUUGGGUCCGACGGCACCGCCGCUGUAGCUGCCCCCGCGGCCGAUGGCGACCUCGGUGUAUCCGGACCGACCGUCGAUGCACCCUCCGGCGAGAUGCCCGAUGUUGCUGUUGACGCCCCCGGUGGUGAAGUCCCGGACGUGACCGCUCUGGCCGUGGACGUUGUGGCUGCGGUACCCGAAGCUCCUUCCGUAUCUAUCGAGACGCCGGCGGUUGACACACCGGCGGUGGAGGUGCCGUCUGCGUCUGCUGAGGUUCCGGCGGUCGACGCUCCGGCCGUGGAGGUUUCGGCACCGGCCGCCGAAGUUGCUUCCGCGUCUGUCAAGACCCCGGCUGUCGAGGUGCCGACUGUUGACACUCCGGCUGUUGGUACGCCAGCGGUGGAGGUGCCGUCUACGUCUGUUGAGGUCCCUGACGUGAGUGCUCCGGCCGUCGAGGUUGCGGCGGCGGUCGAAGCGCCUGCCGUGGCUGUCGCCACCCCGGCAGUGAACACUCCGGCAGUUGACGCACCGGCAGUGGAGGUGCCGUCUGCGUCUGUUGAGGUCCCGGACGCGACCGCCCCGGCGGUGGAGGUUGCGGCGGCGGCGGCAGCCGAGGUGCCUUCCGCUUCCGUCGAGAUCCCGGCCGUUGAGACGCCAUCUGUUGACACCCCGGCAGUCGAUGUGCCGGCCGUCGGGGGUGAUGUCCGGGCCAUUGAGGUCCCGGGCGUGAGCGCUCCGGCCGGGGAGAUUGCAGCGGCGGCAGAGAUGCCUUCCGUUUCUGUCGAAACCCCGGCAGUCGAUAUGCCGGAGGUGUUGACUGUCGACACACCGGCUGUGGAGGUGCCGUCUGCAUCUGUUGAGGUCCCCGGUGUGAGCGCUCCGACCGUGGAGGUUGCGGCUGUCGACACCUCGGCCGUGGACGUGCCGUCUGUUGACACCCCGGCAGUGGAGGUCCCGGCUGUUAGCGUUGAAGCCCCGGCUGUUGAGGUGAAGGCACCGGAAAUCCCGUCUGUCGGUGUUGAAGCGCCUGCUGUGGUGUUGGAGGCGCCGGAAAUCCCGGCUGUGAGUGUGGAAACCCCUGCUGUUGAGGUGAAGGCGCCCGAAAUCCCGGCUGUUGGUGUUGAAGCGCCUGCUGUGGAGAAGGCGCCGGAAGUGCCUGGUGCCAGCGUUGAAGCCCCGGCCCCUGCUGUUGACGUGAAGGCACCGGAAGUUCCGUCUGUCGGUGUUGAGGCGCCUGCUGUGAAGGUGAAGGCACCGGAAGUGCCUGGUGCCAGCGUUGAAGCCCCGGCCCCUGCUGUUGACGUGAAGGCACCGGAAGUUCCGUCUGUCGGUGUUGAGGCGCCUGCUGUGAAGGUGAAGGCACCGGAAGUGCCUGGUGCCAGCGUUGAAGCCCCGGCUGUUGACGUGAAGGCAGCACAAGUCCCUGAUGUCAGUGUGGAAGCCCCGGCUGUUGACGUCAAGGCACCGGAAAUCCCAGCUGUGAGUGUGGAAGCCCCUGCUGUUGACGUGAAGGCGCCGGAAGUCCCUAAUGUCAGUGUGGGAGCCCCUGCUGUUGACGUGAAGGCACUAGAAGCCCCUGAUGUCAGCGUUGAAGCGCCUGCUGUUGAGGUGAAGGCACUAGAAGUCCCUGAUGUCAGCGUUGAAGCGCCUGCUGUUGAGGUGAAGGCGCCGGAAGUGCCUGGUGCCAGCGUUGAAGCCCCUGCUGUUGAGGUGAAGGCACCAGAAGUCUGUGAUGUCAGUGUGGAAGCCCCUGCUGUUGACGUGACGGCACCGGAAAUCCCCUCUGUUAGUGUGGAACCCCCUGUUGUUGACGUGAAGGCACUAGAAGUCCCUGAUGUCAGCGUUGAAGCGCCUGCUGUUGAGGUGAAGGCGCCGGAAGUGCCUGGUGCCAGCGUUGAAGCUCCUGCUGUUGAGGUGAAGGCAUCGGAAAUCCCGACUGUGAGUGUUGAAGCCCCUGCUGUUGACGUGAAGGCACCGGAAAUCCCCUCUGUUAGUGUGGAACCCCCUGUUGUUGACGUGAAGGCACUAGAAGUCCCUGAUGUCAGCGUUGAAGCGCCUGCUGUUGAGGUGAAGGCGCCGGAAGUGCCUGGUGCCAGCGUUGAAGCUCCUGCUGUUGAGGUACCGGAAAUCCCGGCUGUGAGCAUGGAAGCCCCUGCUGUUGACGUGAAAGCACCAGAGGUCCCUGAUGUUAGCGUUGGAGCGCCUGCUGUUGACGUGAAGGUACCGGAAAUCCCGGCUGUGAGUGUGGAACCCCCUGCUGUUGACGUGAAGGCACUAGAAGUCCCUGAUGUCAGCGUUGAAGCGCCUGCUGUUGAGGCGAAGGCGCCGGUAGUGCCUGGUGCCAGCGUUGAAGCCCCUGCUGUUGACGUGAAGGCACUAGAAGUCCCUGAUGUCAGCGUUGAAGCGCCUGCUGUUGAGGCGAAGGCGCCGGUAGUGCCUGGUGCCAGCGUUGAAGCUCCUGCUGUUGAGGUGAAGGCAUCGGAAAUCCCGACUGUGAGUGUUGAAGCCCCUGCUGUUGACGCAUCGGAACUUGCGGCAGUCAGUGCUGAAGUUCCGACUCUCAACGUUCAAGCCCCUGCUGUCGAGGUGAAGACACCGGAAGUGCCAUCAUUGAGUGUUGAGACCCCCGCUGUAGAGGUUACGGCACCGAAGGCACCGGCUGUUGAGGUGAAGGCACCGGAAGCUCCUGCAGUCGAGGUGAAGGCUCCCGAGGCGGCGGCUGCGGCUGCCGUUACCGAGAAGACGGCGGCGGGUGUUGAGGAGGCCGUGCUGAAGGGCGCGGCGGCGGCGGCGGCAGCGGCGGCGACCCCGGCAGUCACGGCACCAAAGGCGACCUUACACAAGGGUUCCAACAGCACCUCCAGCAAGAAGAAGAAAAAGAGGAAGAACAAGAAGUAAGCGCCACGGCAUAGAGAUAAGCUAGUAUGUGCGGAUGCUCCGAAAGGAACUUCUUGUUGCUUCUGUUGUGGUCUGCAUCGCCGGGACGGAACGGAAGAAGCCGGGGAUCGUUUUUGUGGUACUG